CCUAAAUUGAAUAAAGAUGAUUCGAUGACUAAAAGAUCCAGUUCCACCGGUGUGGCCACGCCUCUUCACCCUGCUGACUCCGCCCCCUUCACCUGCGCUUGAAAUAGAGCGCAGCCUGCAGAGCGGAGUUCAAAUACCGAAGGUCCCUGAAGCUGCUCCGCAUCUUCAUCCUCAUCCUCAUCCCCAGACGAGUGGACCAUGGCCGGGGAAGGACGCUUCGUGUUCAGUGCCCGAGUGAUCGGGGCCGUCCACAGGGACACACCCAAGAUGAAGAUGUUCAUGAUUUCUGUGUUGUGGUCCGACGAGACGGAAGUUAUCGUCUACAGAUCCUUCAACGACUUCAAGAAACUUCACAAGCAGCUGAAGAAGAGAUUUCAACCCGUGAACAAUUUAAAGAGAAAUAAAAGAGUGAUCCCCAAAUUUAGAGGGCACGUCAGGAGGAACAGCCUCCAGCAGAAAGGAUCUCAGCGCUCCGUCCAACGCAUGAAGUCCUUGGAGACCUACUGCGACCAGCUGCUGAAGUGCGACCAUACUGUGACUCAGAGCUCCGAGGUGGCUCAGUUCUUCUCGCCCAAAGACCACGACCUGCAGGCCGACUUCACCAAGAACAGCAUCAUGAUGCUGCUGUCUGAAGAUCUGCCCGAUGGUGCAGGAGGUGCUGAUGUGAGGCGCCAGCAGGCGGGCAGCGUCACGCAGCCCUUCGUCAGCCAGACGUACCGCUGUGUGGCUGCUUACGAGACAAAGGACACCAACAACCGCCCCUUCAAGGUCGCUGUGGACGAGGCGCUGGAGGUGCUGAUCAAGGACCCGGCAGGCUGGUGGCUGGUGGAGAACGAGAACAAGCUGCUGGCUUGGUUUCCUGCUCCCUACCUGGAGCUAUGGGACCAAGAGGCCGCCGCCGACGAUGAUGAUGAUGAUGAUGUGUUCCCACUCGCAGGUGCCCUGUACUGCGUCGUGAGGAGUUACUCCUCCCAGAAGGACGACGAGGUGUCUGUGCCCAUUGGCUCCGUGGUGGAGGUGCUGAGGAGGACGGAUGACGGCUGGUGGUUCAUCAGGUUUAAUGGAAAAUCAGGUUACGUCCCGUCCAGGAACCUGCGACCUCACAACCACCCACUGCACAGCCUGCAGAGAAAGCUGCACAGUUCCACCCUGAACCCGGCGACCAGCAGGGACCUUCAGGCUCCUCCGGCUCCUCGGCAGAGGGGUCCUUCAGGUCAGUCCGGAGGAGUCCGUCUCCAAAAGGCCCGGUCUCUGGACAUCCUCUCUGAGACGCAGCCGCACUCGACCUCAGAGGGCCGUGGACGCCGCAUGAGCACCGAGGUCAGCUUCCCCCCGAGGGUCGCAUCAUCAAGCCCCACCGGCGGCCCCGCAGCCCCCCCGCAGCCCGGGGGCAGUGAGGGGGGGAGCCGCCGGGGCUCCAGCAUCAGCACCGACAGCUCCGUGUCCGCGAGCUCCAGCGGGGGUGAGACGGCCUCGCCGACUCCCAGGGUGCCCCCCAGGCCCAGAACCGAGGAGAUCCUGACCCGGUGCAGCACCAUGACCCGCAAGGCCGCCCUGGCCUCCAGGACCCGGCUGUGAUUCAUGGAACGUUCAUGUAACCCAUUUAACCUGUUGGACCCCAUCGGGUCUGUCAGUCAGGUGUGUUUUGUCUCUAUUCUACAUGUUUUCAUGUCUUUGAUAGUUACUUGGUAUGCAAAUGUAUUUGCAAGUUGUAUAUAAUAAUUAUCCAUAAAAAAAGAAAUGUAGCUUCAGUGAAGCAACACAAGGAGCAGGAACAAGAAAAUGUACGCGACAUUUUCAUUUAAAAGUACACAAAUGCUCUGUUUAUCUUCUUCAGAGUUGACUUAAGUUUACGAUUGUUGAUUCACUCUCACGUUACGUAACAUCUGCACAGAAACCUGAAGCUUCUUCCUCAGUUUCCAAACGAAGCCGUUGUGACGGGAAAGAACAACAGUUUCCUGGUGUAACUUUGUUGUACAUUUAGUUGUUGUACAUCUUAGUUUGUUGCUUAUUGUGUUAAUAUUUAUAUUACUGUCAUUAAUGCUCUGCAGAGUAAUGCUCUGCAUUAGAAAUGUGUAUAAAAUGUGUCAAUA